AACAUAUAUAUUGGGAUUAGAAAAACAAUUAGUGGUGUUCACACGUAACGUACUCUGGACCUCUGGUAAUGUAGAGAACUUUUUCUCUCGGAGAUGCCGGUGUCAAGUUAAUUUCAAUGACGCUGCUAUAAAUCGGCACCCCUGUUUUUAUUUUUAUUUAAGUUAGUUUUAGGGCUAAACAAAAAAAUGGGACGCAGUCCAUCGCCUGUUCAUAGAAGACGCGAAAAAGAACGAAGUGAAAGAAAGAAAAGGCGGGAAAGACGUUCAAGAGAACGUGAGCGCGAGCGGGAAAGAGAUCGUCAAUGUGGAGGUAGUGGUGGCCAUCGUGGUACUCGACGCCGUUCAAGAGAAAGAGAGCGGAAUAGAAGUCGCAGUGGUGACAGAUUGUCUAGAAGGCGUUCGAGAUCGAAAUCGACGCAUUCUAGAGAUUGUGCCUAUCCAUCUACUUCAUCCCGAAACAGAGCAGAACGGCCAAAAAUAACCGAAGCUGAUUUGGAGGGUAAAUCACCUGAAGAAAUUGAUAUGCUGAAAACUAUGGGGUUCUGUAACUUUGAUACUACUAAACACAAGAAGGUAGACGGCAACGAUGUUGGCGAAGUACACGUAAUUCUCAAACGUAAAUAUCGCCAAUACAUGAAUCGUAAAGGUGGAUUUAAUCGACCACUUGACUUUGUUGCCUAGCAAAUUUCACCUAUAUUCUUUUUACCUCGUUUAUUCUUAUUAACACACAUGUUACAAGAAAAUAUGUGUGAUAGAAUUUAAAUAGGGUGUAUACUAGUCUUGGAAUGUAUUUGCUGCCUUAGAAUUGCAUAACAAUUCAAGUCAAUCACCUUUAGUAUAUAAUAACAAACUAUUUUGACAAUCCUGCAAUUUUUUGCCAUAGCCCGGUUAACAAAAUUUCCAAAAAUGUUUACAUAAUACCUGCACCUACGUUAUGUCAAUCUCGGAGAGACUUGAGUUUGAGAGAAACAUCGUAAAUUUGAACCAAAUUCAUAUUUUUGUAUAGAUUUUAUUCCAAUUAAAAAUGUUUCUCCCUUACUUAUAUCCGUAAGGCACAGAACGUAGAUACAUAAAAAGAUAAAUAUCGUUUUAUGAUGAAUUUUUUAAUCGUAGACAACAGUUUAUUUGGUAAUAGAAAAAGUUAAGUUUUUAUUAUUGGCUAACCAUUAUGCCCUACAUUUAUUUCCGGAUAGAAUUCCUCUAUUUUACUAUCAAAACUUUGUUAUGGUACAUUUUUUAUAAAAUUUGAUACAAAAUUUUUAAAACCACUCAAUCACACAUAAACACCACUUUGAUGUCCUUUUAACAAAAGCCCUCAAAAAUUCCUUUCACUAUCCUCCAUAAAAUGCAAUAGUACAAUUUUUUUUAUAUACAGAGCUUUAUUUAUAAAAAUAUUUAUUUAUACACACAUCCCACCCCAUUCCUACAUUAUCCUGUAAAUAUUUAUCAUAUAAUGGUAAUCAAAUCCUAACAAGCACUUCUAAACCCAUACUCCCUACAAUAGACCAAAAUAAUGCAAUAGCCAGGAUUUUUUGUUUUGUUGAAAACCUUACACACAAGUGCCACAAUAAUAUGGAAUACAAUAGUUUACCUCAAAUAGAAGAAUUAAAAGAUCUAUAGUUUUAAUGAAAAUUUAUAGCAUUAGUUAAUAAUUUUUAUUAAACAGAAACAUGUAAAAUGUAUGACAUUCGCUUUUAAAUUAAUUUUAAUUGAGAAACUAUUUGGGAUAUAUGUUUGGUUUAAGUCAACAAUCAUACAUACAUACGUAAUAAUAAAAAACGAAAUUGCAGAGAUUUUUUAUUCAUGUAAUUAAUGAAAUUUUUAACAACUUAUUUUUAUUUAAUGUUUGUAUAUUCAUAUUACUUUUAUUUUAUUAUUUUUUGUAAAAUUAUAAAAAAAAACAAAAUUUGUGAAAAAUAAUAAGCUGAUUUGAAUAAAAUUUAUUUAAAAAAUAA